AGAUUUAUUAUACAGCAAGCAACCUUUAAAGUUGCAAGAAUUUUUAAUGAAAACUUAAUUCAGAUUUUUAUGGAUAUAAGCUCAGUAUAUUCCUCAUCUGCUUUAUUUUUUUCAAAAUUUUCAAAGUUAAUUUGUAAAGUUUUUAAUUCAAAGUAUGCAGGUGUUAGCGUUAUAAAUGGAACUGGAGGAUUUGAUACCAUUUCAUUUUGUAGUCCAACACAAGAAUAUGAAAAUUUUUCAUUUUCAUUAAAAAAAACAAGUCAAAACAUUGUAUAUUAUGAUGACAUUAAUCAAGUAUUUAUAAACAAAGAUAUUAUUAAAAAAUAUCAACUAAAGAGUUAUAUGGAAAUUCCAUUAAGAGAUACAAAUGAUAUAUACAUUGGUGAUAUAGUAUUAUUUGGUGAUGAAUCUCUAAACCCCAAUAUAUUAGAUACAAAUAUUUUAACAUUUAUUGUAAAUAGAACAUCAAUAGAAAUCGAAAAGAAAAGGGUAUCUGACGAAUUAAUUAUUGCAAAAAACCUUUUAAACCAAUCCCCAUCAUGUAGCUGUCUGGUCAACAAACAAGGAAUAAUUAUCAGAAAGAUUGGUGCAUUUUAUGAUAGACUACUUGGUUAUCAGAUCGGUGAUAAUAUAAUGAAAUUUGACAAAAAAAAUGAAAUAAAGCAAGUGUUUGACAAAGUGUGCUUUGAUAACAAUAAUAUUAUAGGUGAAAUUACAAUUACUAAAGAAAAUGGCGACAAUUAUCCUGCCGAAAUAUUUGCAAAAGAAAUUGGAGAUAGCCAAGGUAAUUCAAAUGGUAUUAUGAUAAUUCUCAGAGAUAUAUCAGAUCAAAUAACAUUGAAAGAAAUGAACACUGAACUACAAAAUAAAUCAGAAUUAGAACAAAAAAGAAAUUUAGAACUAAUGGAGGCAAGAGAUCAAGCCGUAGCUGCUACUAAAAUAAAGUCUCAAUUUUUGGCAACAAUAAGUCACGAAAUUAGAACACCUCUAAAUGGUGUAAUAGGUAUGGCUGAAAUGUUAUUAAAAACCAGUCCUCUAAAUACCGAACAGCACGAUAUCGCUGAAACAAUUUUUGGUUCUGGCGAAUUAUUAUUAUCAAUUACAUCAGAUAUACUUGAUUUCAGUAAAAUUGAAGCAUCAAGAUUAGAAUUGGAAAUGAUAGAGUUCGAUUUUAUUGGCUGCUUAGAAGGAAUAGCUAAAACUAUUGGAGUAUCCAUCAACAAUAAACCAAUUGAGAUUGUAACACUUUUUGACCCAGAUAUUCCACAUAGACUAGUUGGGGACCCUAACCGUCUUGUUCAAAUUAUGUUAAAUAUGGGUACAAAUGCUGUAAAAUACACUGAAAAGGGUCAUAUUAUAUUUAAAGUAUCUGUUUUAUCAAGAAAGCAUAAUUGGUGUAAGGUUAAAAUAGGUAUUGAAGAUAGUGGUAUUGGUAUUAAAGAAGAACAAAGAAAACAUUUAUUCGAGCCAUUUCAUCAGAUCGAUGCUUCAACAACUAGAAAAUAUGGAGGUAGUGGCUUAGGUCUUGCUAUUUCAAGCAAAUUAGCAAAAUUAAUGGGUGGAAGUGUAUUAUUGGAAAAAAGUACACCCGGUGUUGGUUCUUUGUUUUCGGUAACACUAGAAUUUGAAGAAAUUGGACCAGAUACCCUUUCUACAAUUUUCCCAGAUAAAAUAUUUUCACAAAACAAAUCUGUAAUUAUAGUCGAUAACUAUGAUGUUACAAGACCAUUAAUGGAAAAGAAGUUCUCACAUUUAAUUGGAGGAAACAUUUAUGGAGUCAAAGAAGAUGUAGUUAAAGAAUUUUUUGGUUUUAUCCAUAAUGGAAAAUCAGAUCCAAACAAUCCAUCAUCAAAUAUUGACUUUUUAGAUAUAAACCCUAAAAUUAAACACUUUUUCGACCCAACCUUAUCAGCAAUCAUUGUUUGCAAUAGAUUUAUGGACGAUGUAGAUACAUCUUCAAAAUAUGUUAAAGAAUUCCUAGAGUAUUAUCCAAAAAAAGUUAUAGUUGCACUCUCAAUCAAUCAAUGUAACUUUAAACUACUACCACCCAAAAGAGAUUUCCUCAUUAUAAAGAAACCAAUAUCAUCAACUUCAUUAAUUAAAAUAUUAAACCUAAUUAAUGAAAACUCACCAAAUUCUCCUGCAAACCCCCUUUUAUCACCAGCAAAUGGGAAGAGAUCAACUACACCGAAAAAAGAAAAAUAUGACUUCAAUGUCUCACCUAUGCGAAUAGAUUUAAAUAUUAGCGGAUCUUCGCCAAAGCUAAAUAUUUAUUCUGGUAGUAGUGAUGAAGAUGACAGUUAUUCAUUAAAUUUAGCAAAUAUUGAACUAAUAAAUGACCCAAUCUCCACAACAAUUUCAGAAAAAGAUCAAGAGAGAAAUAAUAAAAUUAAUGAAAUUGAAAAAAUCAAUCAACAAAAUAAAAAAGAAAAAGAAAAAGAAAACUUAGAAAAAAAACAACUAAUCCAAGAUCAAAAAAAUUCCCCUCAAAAUCAACUACAAGUAAAAGCAAAAGAAAAACCAAGAAUACUACUUGUUGAUGAUAAUGCAGUUAAUAGAAAAGUAGUUAAAUUACAAUUAAAAAAACUAGGGUAUGAAUGUGACACUGCUACCAAUGGUUUUGAAGGUUUCGAAAAACAAAAGGAGUUCAAUUACGAUUUAAUAUUUAUGGAUUUAAAUAUGCCCGAAUGUGAUGGCUCCACUGCAAGCAAGUUAAUUAGAUCAUGGGAAGAAACCAACAACUAUGUAAAUAGAGUCAGUAUUGUUGGUUUAUCAGCUACAUAUCUUCAUGGAUCAAAAGACUAUUGUAAGUCAAUGGGAAUGGAUGAUUUUGUUGUAAAACCAAUAAAGCUAGAUCCACUGGGUCAAUUGGUUAAGAAAUAUUUAGAUAGCCAUAAUUUACAAUCAAUACCAAAAGAUUUCAUUUAAAUUUAAUAAAAUAAAUUAUUUUAUAUAUAUACAAUUAAAAAAUAUAAUAUAUAAAAUAUAAAAUAUAAAAUAUAAAAUAU